AUGACAUUGCGUAAUAAGUUGUAUACAUACAAGGGCGGACCGAGAUCAAUUGGCAUCCUUGCUGUGGCUCAUGCGAUAGACUUUGACAUUGAGGUUGUGGAAACGAAUCCACAAGUUGGGCUUUCCGAAGAAUACCUGAAGCUCAACAGGCUAGGCAAGACGCCGACGUUUGUGGGUUCUGACGGAACAGUCUUGACAGAAUGCAUGGCUAUUGCCCUCCAUGUCGCAAGUCAAGAUCCCGAGUCAAGGAUGCUUGGACCAACACAAAAGGACUUUAUCUACAUUGUCCAAUGGAUGUCAUUUUGUAACAGCGAUGUCGUGAAGAGAAUGGCCGCCUGGAUCCUUCCACUCCUUGGAGUAGCACCAUACGCCGCCCAAGGCGUCGAAAUGGCCAAGAAACAGACUGCUCAAGCUAUUCAGAUCUUGGAGGAUCACCUACGAGACAGAAGACAUCUUGUAGCUGACUGCUUGACACUGGCUGAUCUCUUCUGUGCUGGCUUGGUCAGCUUCGGCUUCGCAAACGUGUUUGACAAGGCUUGGAGAUCAGGGUUCCCUUGCUUUACGGCAUGGUAUGAGAUGGUGACGUCUCUCGAGAUGUACCGAGCUGUGCAGCCAGAGACGGUCAUGGUGGAAAUUGCUCUGGGACCCCCGACCCCAUCGAUGAGGACCACUUACACGGCUGAUGACUAG